AUGGCCCACGAGGGCAGGGACCACGGAGACCGGGGCUUUGGCUUCGGCGGCGGGGGUGUCGGAGGACAUGAUGGGCCUCCGCCGCGAGUCAGAGGCAGACGCCCCGUCACGGACUACGGCGCUACCAUCGUCCACUGGAUGCGCCAUCGCCAACCCCGAUAUAAGGGGUCGUUUGCGGGCGAGACCGAGAGACCGAGUAUCAGCUACAUUGUGGACAUGCUACCUCCCCACGCAAGGACAACGAGCGCCGCGGACUCGGUGCCGUCGCGUCACCUGCACUCCUCACUAAAUAAGAUCAAGCAUCCCAUAAACGUGGUGCGGUGGACUCCCGAGGGCAGGAGGUUGUUGACGGCCUCGAGCAGCGGGGAGUUUACCCUCUGGAACGGCACCGGCUUCAACUUCGAGACCAUCAUGCAGGCGCACGACUCGGCCAUCCGUGCCCUGGCCUACUCUCACAGCGACGACUGGCUGGUGUCUGCCGACCACGACGGCAUCAUCAAGUACUGGCAGCCCAACUUCAACAACGUCGAGAGCAUCCGCGGCCACACGGACCCCAUCCGGGACCUCGCCUUCAGCCCCACCGAUGUCAAGUUCGUCACAGCCUCGGACGACUCGACCCUGAGGAUAUUCGACUUCGCCGCCGGAGCAGCCGAGUCGACGCUCACGGGCCACGGCUGGGACGCCAAGAGCUGCGACUGGCACCCGACCAAGGGCCUCAUCGUCUCGGGUUCCAAGGACCAUCUGGUCAAGCUCUGGGAUCCGCGGACGGGCCGGUGCCUGACGACCCUCCACGGCCACAAGAACACCAUCACCAAGACCCUCUUUGAGCGCGUGCGCGGGCAGUGCCUGGCCACGUCGGCCCGCGACCAGACCGCCCGCGUCUUCGACCUCCGCAUGAUGCGCGACAUCUGCCUCCUCCGCGGCCACGACAAGGACAUCUCCACCCUGACCUGGCACCCCAUCCACCCCAACCUCCUCAGCACCGGCGGCUCCGAGGGCUCCCUCUUCCACUACCUCCUCGACGAGCCCAACACCCCGCCGGGCCACUCCGCCUCCGUCGCGCCCUACGACGCCGCCGACCCGGCCUCCGCCCCGGCCCAGACCAUCUACCCGGCCCACCGGAUCCCCUACGCCCACGACUUUGCCAUAUGGUCUCUCGACUGGCACCCGCUCGGCCACAUCCUGGCGUCCGGCUCCAACGACCGCAUCACGCGCUUCUGGGCGCGCGCCCGCCCGGGCGAGGCCGACAACUUCAACGACCGCUACCACAUCGGCGAGGCCGCGGCCGAGGCCCAGGGCACCUGGGACCGCCGCGGCCACCGCCACAUGCGGCAGGUCGAGGAGGAACAAGAGCUCGAAGACGAGAUGGACGGCCUGGUCGACCAGAAGAUGCCCAUCAAGCAACCGCCCGGCAGCCUGCCGGGCCUCGGAACAGCAGCAUCAUCAUCAUCAGCAGCAGCAGCAGCAGCAGCAGCGGCGGCGGCGGCAGGAGGAGCAAUCCCCGGCCUACCCGGCCUGGUACCACCUCCUCCUCCACCACCACCCCCGGGGACGGUCAUUCCCGGCAUGGCCGGUCCCAACGGCAACGGCAGCGGCAGCGGCAGCGGCAGCAGCGCCGCGCAGCUGCCCUUCCCACUCCCGCCGCCGCCUCCGCCCCCGGCCAUCGCCAGCAUGCUGGUCGGCGACGGCAAGAACCCGCCCGACUUCGCGGCCAUCGCCGAGAUGAUGAAGAAGCACGGCAUCGUCCCGCCCCCCCCGCCCCCGCCUCCGCCCGGCCGGGUCCUGCCGCCCGGUCUGAUCCCGCCCCCGCCCCCGCCCCCCGGCUUCCCGCUGCCGCACGGCUUCCCCCCGCCCCCGCCGCAUCUGGCGGCCGGUGCCGCUGCCGGUGCCGGUGCCGGAGGGGACCAGCAUGGGAGCGGCGGCAGGAGAAGGGCGCCGCUGCCGAGCCAGGAGGAGAGCCUGCGGAUGGAGCAGAGCAAGGGGAAUUAUACCCGGGUGAGAUAG